ACUGAAAAAGAUUGGCUGAGAGUUGGGGUACCAAGCUCAAGAAAGUCAACUCAAGAAUAUCUGACCUCCAAUUGGAGCACAACUCUACAUUCAAUCUGUGGUGUGGAAUCAAACUGGUGACGGAGGUACAGAGGUAGAGCGGUCGACCUCUGAUCAGAAGAUCACUCUUGGGCAAUACACUUAAUCCUACAUUUAUAGGUUGGCACCAGUGGAGCUCCCAUAUGUGAAUGUGACUGUAAAGCACUUAGAAGGUAGUAAAGCGCUAUAAAAACUUUUGUAUGAGUGCGGCCCAGAAAGGAUUUGGUGGGAGUGAAAUGGAAGAAAAACAUUUGCUACUAGUAGAUAAAGAAGUCACUCAAAACUGAAACGACCAGACCUGUGCACUGCAUGAAGACAUAAAAAUAAAGUCAACAUCAGCAGUUUUAAUAGUCAAGAAGACUUCCUGUUUCUGCUGGAGGAAAGCAGACAAACAACAGGGUUAAAAAAAAAACAAAACAAAAAAAACGCCUGAUUCCAUGUCAUACAUAAUAAUGUUAUUAAGCAGUUUUUCUACAUGCUUAUGCUUUCUUUGUAUUUUUUACUCUUACUUGAGACAAUAUUUGGUUAUAUAUAUUUUUUCUAUGCAACAUUUUAGUUCAAAGUAACUGAAAUUAAUGUACUUUUUUUGCUAUAUGGCUUUGAAAACACUUUUAUAUAAAAAAAAAGCAUGACUAAUACAGUCGUAUUUUUGUUGACAUUUUGGCAUUUUGAAUCUUGGGUAAUACGGCCCCGCCCACAUUCGUGACGUCAAGUCCAUUUUGUUUUCCUAUGUCAAGGACAAAAAAUAGCGUAUAAAGAAGCAGCGGGAAACCGAAGAUGCGACAUUGAAAAAAAAUCAUAAUAAUAACUGCCCUCUUUUGAUGCAGCACCAGAACGACUUUCCGGCUUGUUUUUACGUGUGUUUAGGCGGAUAACGGAUAACGGAGCAGGCGGAGGGAGACCCCUUAAGACAGCACGAGCCGCUUUUAAAGAGGCAGCGCGCGCCUCCUUCAAGGCAUCAUGGCGGACUCCGGCUUCAACCUCACAUCCCUUGCCCGCGCGCUCUCUCAACCCAAUUUAACUGAUGUGUACGAUGUUAGCCCCACAAACCCCCAGGUACGCCCGUGCCGACGGAGGAAGCUGUCCAGCUGCAGCUCAGUGGAGAGGAGCGACUCGGUGACGUCCCCGGGCGCCGGAGAAUCCCGGGUUCUGGUCCUCAACACCGGAGGCACCAUCGGGAUGACGCUGCAUGAUAACGUUCUUGCCCCCAAAGCCAAUGCUCUGGUGCAAAGCCUGCGCAAGCUGCCCAUCCUCCACGACGAGCUGUACGCCCAGCAAACCUCCCUGUAUGAGUACUAUGGAUCUGAGAACAGCCUGGUUUUACCGAACUCUCUGCCUCAUCCUGACCUGUUGCAUCACAGCCUGAGUAAAUCAAAUAAAAGGAUAAUCUACACCAUCAUGGAGUACAGCCCUUUGCUGGAUUCUUCCAAUAUGACCACAGAUGAUUGGGGCAGAAUUGGAAAAGACAUUGAGAAAAACUACCAGCAUUACGAUGGAUUUGUGAUUCUUCACGGCACGGACACCAUGGCGUACACAGCCUCCGCCUUGUCCUUCAUGUGCGAGCAUUUGGGCAAACCGAUUGUUCUCACCGGUUCUCAGGUUCCUAUCUACGAGCUAAAGAAUGACGGCAGAGACAACCUGCUGGGGGCGCUGCUAAUCGCUGGACAGUUUGUCAUUCCUGAGGUGUGCUUAUACUUCUACAACAAACUUUACAGAGGGAACCGAGUGACGAAGGUGGAUGCUGGGAGCUUCAAUGCCUUCUCUUCUCCUAAUUUGGCUCCUUUGGCAACUGCUGAAGUGGAUAUUUCAAUCAACUGGGACACCGUAUGGAGGGCAAACACGACGGCGAAAUUUCAAGUCAGUACUGAGCUGAACCGGAAUGUGGGUCUGCUAAGGCUUUUCCCAGGAAUCACCUCCUUGUCUGUAAGGGCUUUCCUACAGCCCCCCAUGCAGGGCGUCGUUCUGGAGACCUACGGAAGCGGAAAUGCUCCGGAUAACCGUCCUGAUCUUCUGGCGGAGUUGAAGGCGGCCACCGAUUCUGGCGUCAUCAUCGUGAACUGCACACAGUGUCUGAGGGGGACUGUGUCUGCGUCGUACGCCACUGGAAAGGUGCUGAUGGAUGCAGGGCUGAUAGCAGGUGGAGACAUGACUCCAGAGGCGGCUCUGUCCAAACUCUCCUACGUUCUGGCAAAGAAAACGUUGGAUCUUCAGGCCAAGAAAAAGAUGAUGGCUCAGAACCUGCGAGGAGAAAUGAACAUUGACCUGGAAGGAGCCAAACUGUGUCUGAGCAACAGCCGCUUCAUUCAGAUCAUUGCCAAGUCCCUCAGCAUCAGCUGCAAGGAAGAGCUGGAAGCGAUCCGAGACGCUCUGACUCCUCCUCUGACAUGUGCGGCUGCAAGAAUCGGAGACGUCGAUGCCUUGGAAGCCCUUAAAGAAAUGGGUAGUAAUCUGUGCCUGGGUGACUACGACGGCCGUACUCCCCUGCAUGUUGCCGCUUGCGAGGGUCACCUCAAAGUGGUGCAGUACCUGCUCAGCCACGGAGCCUCAGUCUAUGUUAAAGAUCGCUAUGGAGACACACCCCUGAGCAACGCCGUGCGCUUCAGACACAAGGACGUUGUGAAGCUGCUGAGGAAGACGGGAGCCCACUUCUCCAGAGACCAGCUGGAGGAGGCAGGAACGGAGCUGUGCAGCCUGGCAGCCAGCGGUGACCUGGACGGCUUGGAAAUCUGGUGCCUCGCCGGAGCCGACCUGAACAGGCCGGGCUACGAUGGAAAGACCGCAGUAGAAGUGGCCGAAGCCGUGAACAAAAAAGAAGUCGUGGCCUUUCUGGUCCAGCUUAUGGGCAAGAAAUCCAUGACGGUAAUUGCUGAUAUUAAUGAGAUUGAUGAUGAAGAGCCAAACGGUGGAGGGAUCGAGUUCAACGCCAUCCCUACAGGACCGUGACGCUUCAGAAGUUCACUAUUUCCCGUCCAGAUGUCCUCGGCUCUGCUGUGUUGGUUUAUUGUUCUGUGUGUCGUUUCAAUUGACUAGCUUUCCAGCCUCUACCUGCACGCGUGUUCACGAUUGCAGCAACGUUACUGUUACAGCUUUAUCUUUUAGCGUAUUUUUAUUUCUUUGUAUGCACAAAGAACUCAGUCGACCUAAUCUGAGCGGUUUUAAAGCAAUACUCUGCACUGUGACUGCUGAAACUUUAUUUUGUGAAGCUUUUUUUGUUUUUAGGCUGACAGGGUGCAUUCACAGAUCUUAUUUUUGUACCUAUUUUUGUAGUUGAAAAUGAGCUCUUGAUGAUCUUGGAUGUUACACGCUUGAUCACUACAGUCAACUUUGGAUCGUACAGCUGAGGGUUUCACUUCCUGUUGCACCGCCGGCCUCACAAAAACCUGCAGUUGAUACUUGUGACUUAUCCAGCCUGUUUUCUGGUGAGGACUGUCGAGCUGGAAGCGUCACAUAUUUCGCACUUUGAAACGAAAAGGGGAAGUCCAGACUGUUGCGUGAGACAGAUAAAGGUCCCAGAACAGAUUCUUGGUUCAUCUGUCCGUCAUGAAUGUCAUCUCGUUUUUGAUUUUUUUUUAUAACCACAAACAUGUUUCUGUACUUUCCACUUUCUUUUCAUAAAUGAAGUGGUGCUCAGCUUGGUAUAUUUGUAUGAAUAAAGCAAUAGUUUCUAAUAAAAGUUUCAAUUCUGUCACUUUUCCCCUGUUACACACCAGCAAAAGUGUUUCAAGGCUGUGAAUCAAUUGAAUUUCUGUGUCCAUAACCUGUAGGGAUAAAAGAGCACAAAUAAAUUAUUUAAACGAAA